AUGGCCGCGUCGGUAGCAUUGCGGCCAUUGGGUGGUGCGAGUGCGGUGGUGCUGGAGGCUCGACGUGGUAAGGCUGCAUGGAACAAGAGCUAUCACCGCCCCGAGGACACGUUUUCCAAGCGCCGUCGUGAGUGGCUCGAGGGCAUGCAUGAGGUCCGGGUCGACUACAUCAAGCGCCACGGUAUGCCGACCCGCGAGGAGAAGAAGCAGCAGAAAUUGGCCCAGCAACUGAAGCAUCAGCAGGCCCAGCAAGCUGCAGGCAGCCGUCGGUCCUCCGAGGCCACCUCAGCCAUCAAGGCCCGCAAACAGGAAUUGAUGUACGUUCGGGACGAGCUGGUCGCCGCUUUCUCCUUGGUACGGGUGUUAAGCCUCACUUCCCGUCUUUUGUUCUCGGUGCCUCGCAGGCGCAAGCUGGCAGACGUUCGCAAGGAGGUCAAGGCCGAGCAUCGCGCUCUCGGCCAGCACCGCGCCCGUGCCGUGUAUGAAAUGUCUCUCCUCACCAUCGCCACGGCUGCUUUCUUCUCCUCCCGCACCCCUUCGUUUGUCACGGCCUCGUGGAUACCCAUAUCACAGCAAGUUGCCAGGCGUCAAUCGGUGGUGGAGCGACAAAUCGAGCAGCGUGAGAGCAUGAUCACGCUGAAGGACCUCGACAUGCUGGACGACAUCCUCAUGACUCGUCUGUCCCAAUCCACGACCCCCGAGUAUCUGGUCCAGCGCCGCAAGAACACGCGUCAAGAGUAA